CGGAAGUGAUCUGCGCGGUGUAUUGUGGGGAGUGUGGUUCCGGUGCGGAGAAGCAGGCAGGGCCGGAGCGGACUACAAGUCCCGUCAUCCUACUACCGAGUGACAUCUGCGGAUACUGAGCCCACCCCAGAGAACCGCGCAGACCCGCCCGGCGACCGGACAACAUGAGAGAUAAACAGAAGCGCCGCAGAGAACGCACGUGGGCCGAGGCCGCCAAGAUGGUUUUGGAGAAUUACUCCGAUGCACCGAUGACCCCGAAACAGAUCCUGAAUGUGAUUGAGGCUGAAGGGCUGAAAGAGACAAAGAGCGGGUCCUCCCCUUUGGCGUGUCUGAACGCCAUGUUACAUUCCAACUCCAGGACUCGAGAAGCCAUGUUUUACAAGCUCCCGGGCCGCAUCAGCCUCUUUACUAUGAAGAAGAACGCAGUGCAGUGGUCUCGUGUGGUGUCGCUGCCUGACGAUGGAGACGCAGAGGACACCGCAGAUGAGGAGGGAAGCCAGUGGACCGAGGACAGCUCAGUGGCUGCAGCAGAAACGUCAAGCAGUGCGUCCUGUUCUCAAGAGUCACAUGUCCGAGAAACCAGGUCCCUAGUACAGAUGAAUAAGCAGAAGAGAAGAAGUGGGGUGCUGCUGCCUCGGGUUGUCCUUACACCUCUUAAAGUAAACGGGGCUCAUCUGCCCUCCACUUCAGGUUUGUCAGUUCGCCGCGUAGAAAGUGAAUCUUCCAGUAACAGUGCUUUGAGGGGCAGCCUAGCUUUUCACAGACGGUCAGCCUUAAGCGGCAACUCCACCCAUCAUCUGAGAAGCCUAAAGAACAUCUCUGCUCCAGGACAAGUGAGGAAGAAGGAGGAGGAGAUUGACUUUGAGACUCCUGGUUCCAUCCUGGUGAACACUAAUCUUCGCGCCCUGAUAAACGUGCGGAUGUUCAAUGCUCUCCCGGCGCACCUCCAGCAGCAGCUUCUACUAUUCCUCCCAGACGUGGACAGACAGGUCAGCCCAGAUGGACAGUUGCGGAUGAGCGGGAGCGCCCUGAAUAAUGAGUUUUUUGCUCACGCAUGUCAGAGGUGGAGGGAGAGGCUGGCAGAAGGUGAAUUCACUCCUGAGGCUCAGCUGCGGAUGAGGCAGGAGAUGGGGAAGGAGAAGAAAGUUGAAGACUGGAAAGAGAAGUUCUUUGAAGAUUUCUAUGGACAGAAGCUCGGGUAUUUGGAGGAGCCAGGAUCUGAUCUGGAAGAUAAGUCUUAUGAAACACCUUGCCUACAGCAAGAGAAGCCAAGAACAAAUCUAGAACCUGCUCAGAAACAGGAGGUGGUUCCUGAUGUUCACAUCAGAACUCGGAGGAGUCUUUACAGGAACACUAAAAAGAUCCAACGUAACCUUCCAGGCACUGCUGAAGUCAAAGUUACCACCUCUCCUCCCCUUCCUCUGGAGACAACGGAGUCUGAUCCUUUGGCUGUGGAGAGCAGAUUGUCCACAAGAGAUGACCUCAGCCUCCCCUCCACCUCCGAGAGAGUGCCCGAACUUCAUCCCGAGAUUACAUCGGAGCAGAAGAGGAAGACCACAGAGCCAGAAAUCUCCAGCCCCUCCCUCGAAAAGAAGCCACGGAUGGAACAGCGUCAGUCCUUUCGUAACACAAUUCAGAGUGUUCACCCCGAAAAGCCACAGCCCACCAAAGAAGAACCAAAAGUCCCACCAAUCCGGAUACAGCUUUCUCGGAUCAAACCUCCCUGGGUGGUUAAAGGUUUGCCAGCUUACCAGAUCUUCCACCGGAUCAUCCCAAACCCUGAUCCCGCUGGGUGCUGGCCUUCUCCCUGCUCGCCUGCUGACAGUCAGACCAGUGACCAUCACUCCCAAACCUCCAAUGGUGAAGGCCGAGGCAGCGGUAACCACUGCCACCACACAAGCAAAAGAAGAAGCCGGUCCAGAGGCUCCAGAAGAAGAACCAGAAAGAGAAGACAUGGAGAGAAACCAGCAAAUCGCUGCAGAACACAAUUACUGCAGGCCAUUGCCAUGAUGGCGGAGAAACAAGAAGUCCCACGGGUCAAAAUCAGCUUGGUGUCAAAUGCUGCAGGCAAUGUUUAUAAUGACCAUGGCAUGAAUGACUCACUUACCAAAGAAUGGCACCUCGAUAAUGUGAGUGUCCUAGAGGACAGCUCCCAGAAUGGCGAUAAGGAAGUUCCUAUGGCAGACAAAGAGGAGGAGAAUAUAUGUAUGAGCCAGUGUAGUGAUGAGAGGAUGUUUGCAUCCUCUAUGGAUGGCACCACAGGACAGUCCUUUGAGGGUACGCCAUGUGUUCUGGGUGACGUCUCCAACACCUUUCAGAACAGACUUAAGCAGGUCUCGUCAUGUUCAACCGAAAAGGAUUCUUCUGAAAAGAAAACUGAUGCAGCACCAGCGGACAGCACUGAGCACCAUGUACUACCUACAUCCUCUCUAGUGCAGCCACACCCGCUGGACACAACUAAAACCUUACCCACAGGACAGUUGCCCGUGCAUGUUUAUGAGCCCUCAACACCCAACACCACAUUGGACUUUGCUGGUGACCCAUGCUGUAACGGCCACCCUCACGACAAUGUUCCUUGUCCCUUGGUCAACAGCUCACUGGAGCCAAAUAAGUCUGACCUACCCUAUGGUGCUAUACAGGCAGGGUCCUUGGAGCAGACAUUAGUGUCUGCUGCUGAGAACGUUGGUUUUGAUUGUUUUAAGGGAAACCUGGCAGUUCCUUUGCCUGUUAAUGUUGUCCCCUGCACAGCUAAUGUGUUUAAAGAGGAUGAACUUCCUGAACCUGAAGCCACGGUUGGAAAUUUUUCAGCAGGUACAAAUGAUGGACAAGAAAGGUUGUACAUGCACUCCAUUUUGUCACCUGCGAAUCUGGAGGCAGGAAAGCAUGGUAGCGCUGGCCCCACCACUGAGCCAUCAUCCAGCCCUCACCCCUUUAAGGAGAUGUCCCAGGGUUGCCAGGACAGCUGUGGAGACCAUAAACAUUUGCUGUAUAACUCGGCUGGGUUUGCUGGUAAAGUCCCCUUAUUAUUGGGUAUGCCCUUCAUCCAGUUCCCAAAGGAAGUAGGGGUCUUGUCUCCCCCACAUAAGAUGGACACCUUCUUGGAGAUGUUGUCGCAGGAUGUGGCUGCCUACCAUUACUCCGCAGGGUUGUGUCUCUCCUCAAUGCCUGGGGACUGUGAGGUUACGGGCAGUGCCUCCCUCUCUCUGGAAGUCUUCUCGGGAGACGGAGGGAAGGAGCAAGUUUCACUGAGGUGUUCGUGCAGCUUCAAAGCCAUGGCCAUGUGUGAGGGUUGCGGGGCCUUCUGUCACAUCGACUGCAUAGGACCUUCCAAACUGUGUGUUUCGUGCCUUGUCAUAAGAUAAUACACUGACGGCUCUAGGGGCAGUCUUCUAGUUUAGCAAGAUUUCGUAAACCAGUGACCCUUUCAUCCGGUAGUGGGGCUACAACUUCUAGUAUGUGGCCAUGCUGAGGGUUGUAGUCCCUCCACCUUCCUGGGAAGGAGAGUGGGUUGGUGAACCCUGGUUUUUAGUGUCUGUAUUUUUCCUAAUGUUCAGAGCAACGAGAUGUUAAUAUUGUAUUAUGCUUUAUUUUGUUAGAAAUUGAAAAAAAAAAAACCUGCUGAUGAAUAUUACUCAGCUGUUAUUGUGAUACAGGCCCUAUUGAAGGGGUAGUAAUGGUCAUGAGGGGGUGCUAUGAGGUCAACAGUCUUGGCGUUUUGGGGGUAGCUCGGUUUAUAGCCACCCCCCACUAAACCCAUAAGAUUACAAUUUAAGUUCACUGCAUAGUACAUUUCACAGCUUUCUGAUAUACCUUAAUUCCAUUUCAAGCCCUUCUUGCUGUCUAUACUUCUCAUAGCUUGUUACUGUUGUAUCCAAUCUAGACACGUCUCUAGGAGCUCAACAGCCUGGACUCCGGGCUGAUGAUGUGGAUGAGGACAGGUAGAGUCCAGGCUGUUUAGCUCACCGAGGAUUGUCUAGACUGGAGGAAUUGGGUGUCUAGCCUUGCGCUGUAAGGAAUAAUGUUCCUGCAACUGACAACAAGCAGAGAUCUUAGAAAUGGUGGCGAAUCGAAACAAAAGGUCUGUUGCAAAGUUACAGAAACUUUCAUUAUGAGAGGCGGUGAUGACAUGUACAAUUCUGCAGCCCGACAGUUAAUCGAGGAACAGCCGGAGAUUCCUUCAUUCAGAACUCGGGCAAAGUUUUUCUUUAACUUAUACAGUGUUUGAGGCAAGCACUACAUCUACUGUGCAGUAUAAAAGUGCAUACCGCAGCGCAACUUUUAACCCUUCUAAUUAAUAUAAUAGCAAAUUAUUAUAGGAAGUAAAAUCUGAUGGAACAGAAGGCUACAUCAUAUAUUUACUUGGCUAGUUUUUACCGAACAUUUCACUUGCGUCUACAGCAGGGGCCGGUGGAUGCUAUGGCUGAGCGUUCACUGUACUGGUGCCCAUUGUCUUUUUACCAUUUGUACAUUACUGCCCCUUCAAGCCUUGCUCGCUCAUGGAGGAUAGAGGUGAGUCAGGGGGGUUCCCCUGCCUUCGUUUUGGUAUGGGCUGCAUGGCAGGGCUAUGGUCAGUGUUCUGGGGUGGGUUGGAGGGAGGGGGGGGGGGGGGGGGGGGGGGGGGGUUGAGGGGGGUAAUUGGGUCGUCCAUCUUUUGUAUGCAUGGACAAUAUAUCUGGAAGCAGGCAGCACUGUGUGACACAUGAACAGGUUGUAUAUACAGGAGGAGAUUUGGCUUCUGCGUUCCAGUGUUUUAUCCCUGUACUGAUUAUUAUGGUGUACACAUUUCUGGCCUAUAAUAUAAAUGUAUAUUCUGUAUAGACGGCUGUGUGUGGCUUAUUUACUGCGCUGCUUAUUCUCCUUUACGAAAACUUGAGAAGGGGCUGUGAAUGGGGGGGCCUUUAAGAUCCAAGAACACACAAGUUGCAGACUGUGAAUAUAGCUUUCAGAAGUAUGAAUAGACAGGCCAUUGGUCUGCCGUACUGCUGUCCCUCCAUAAGGAACUGGGGACCAGGCACCUCCACUCUCAGGACCUUUGGGGUCCUUGUGAUCAGACCUCAUGGUGUGUAAAGUUAAAGGGUAUGGUGGUUUUGAGAGUGGAGGCGGACUAGAACCCACCAAAGUUUGGUUUAAUCACUAGAGUAACUAGGGCCCCUUAGG